AUGGUGGUCAAUAGCUCGAAACGGCAGAGAUCCGUGAGUGUGAAUCCGACGAAGAAGCCCCGGCGGCGCGAGGACCAGCUCCUUGACGCAAUGCUGACAGGAGUGGACGGGAGCUGGUUGCCUCUGCUGAAGGGAGUGUUUGGAACGCCCGAAGGGCAACUGCCUCUUGCGCGACUUCAGCAAGAGCUGGAUAACAAGAAGCCGAUCUUUCCGCCAGUGGAGGAUGUGUUGAAUGCAUUCCGGUUGACGCCGUUUGAGCGUGUGAAGGUGGUGAUUUUGGGCCAAGAUCCGUACCACAACGACGGGCAGGCAAUGGGGUUGGCGUUCAGUGUGCGCGGCCGACCACAGCGAUUGCCGCCGAGUUUGCCUCGCAUUUUGCAGGAGGCGGGAGUGCCGGAGGCGCCGGCGGGAGAUCUGACGCGUUGGGCGCAGCAGGGUGUGCUGUUAUUGAAUUCGGUCUUAACAGUGGAGAAGGGUAAGGCUGGGAGCCACUCGGGUUGGGGCUGGCAGGCGCUGACUGACCGCAUUCUGUUCGAGUUGUCAUCGGAGACAAGUACCCGGCAGUUGCUCUUUCUACUGUGGGGGUCGAAGGCUGCGGAGAAGGCAAAGUUCAUCGACGAGCGGAAGCACUUGAUUCUCAAGGCCGCGCACCCUUCUCCCCUCGCCACCCGCGGCGGCUUCGUUGGCUGUGGCCACUUCCAUCGUGCCAACCAGGUGCUGAGCGAACAGGGCCUGAAGCCUGUCGAGUGGAAGAGCCUAAUCGACGACGAACACGUCUGGGAACAGAAACUCAGGAACAUCCUCAGGGAAAAGUGCAAGGCCAAACACCUCAGUGAUGCCUUCCUCACCGCCGUUCAAAACCCGAUGCCCUUCCCCCCCAAACGCCUCAGUGCCGCCAGCCAGAGCGAGAGCGCACUGAUCAAACCCGAGUCGCCCGUCGCCGUCCUUUGCUCCCAGGAAAUCCUGCUAGAAGCAGAAAGCAGCACCAUGGCCAGCAGCAUGGAACAUCUCGGCAACGUCUCAGACGCUCAUCAACAACCGGCCAAAGACGUGACAGACCUCAAAGGCACGAAGGGCCCCAAGGCUGCGAAGGAUACCAAAUCCGUGAAGGAUGCUAAAACUGUAAAGGAUGCCAAAGCUGUGAAUGAUACCAAACCGGUGAAGGAUGUUAAGGCUGUGAAGGACACCAAGUCUGUGAAGGAUUCCAAGUCUGUGAAGGAUGCCAAGGCUGUGAAGGAUGCCAAGGCUGUGAAGGAUACCAAGUCUGUGAAGGACACCAAGUCUGUGAAGGAUUCCAAGUCUGUGAAGGAUGCCAAGGCUGUGAAGGAUACCAAGUCUGUGAAGGACACCAAGUCUGUGAAGGAUUCCGAAGUCAAAGAAGACCGAAACGACCAGACGUUCUCCAACAGCCAUGCGGAGACACCCGCGGCUUCCACGCCCACGGCGAGUGCGCGAGUCUCGACAGCGGUGCGUUCCAUGAAGCGUAAGAAGGCUCAGCCUCCAGCUGGGUCGGCUGGGCAACGGGCGACCCUGAAAACCGCCAAGAAGCCUCCGAAAGCUUUGACUAGAACCAGGAGCCCGCGUACCAGAGCCAAGAGCCCGGUUAUUCGCCCCGAGAGCCCGGUUCUUCGAGCCCAGAGCCCUCUUGCCAGAACCAAGAGUCCGAUUCUCAGAGCGAAGAGUCCGCGCGCCAGCGCUUCCAGGUUGGGGGCCGCAGGUCCCAUCAAGAACUGGGGCAUCACGCAGGUGGCCAUUGUGGACGGGUGGACGCAAAGCCGGGCGUCUUCUCCUGUCGGGGCGUGUGUGCCGAGACUGACUCCGCGAUUCGCAGCGGAUUCGCCGGAUGCAGACGUUCUGCGACCAGAACCGGCCGAGAGCCAUGACGAACAAGAGGCUCGAGACGAUCGGCAGGAGAACAGAGGUGAGAAGAAGGACCAAGGUGAGAAGGGCAAAGUGUGGAAGCGGAGCAGCCGCCCAGAUAGCGCAUGCAGCAAGGCGACUGUCCGACGCAGGAGUCAGAAGAAGUCCGCGGGCUCCGAAACGGAGUCGGAGCCGGAAGCGUUGAAUACUGGCACGUUGGACGCUGGAACGGUCGCACAAGAGACCAAUUAUCCCGGUGGCCUGGCGGGAGCUGACGUCAAGACCGCGGAGGUGCCUUCCGGCACUCUGGAGCAAGCUGCGCCGGAAUCCGGCGCGGACGCCGAGGAGGACGUCAAGGACGAGUCUCCUUCACCGAUCGCUGAGACGGCGACCGCCCAAGAAGCUCUGGUCCCGGACGAGGUCCCAGAGGGGAUCCCAAAAGGGGUCCCGGAAGAGGCCCCAAAAUGGGUGCCGGAGGAGGUACUGGAGGAGGUGCCGGAGGGCGUCGUCAAUGAGAGUGUUACGAGAACUGAGGGCGGGGAGAGGAUGACGACCCCGGCACAGUGCCCGAAGGCCCCGGCAACGGCGAUAAAACCCGUUCGCGAGAAUGGUUCGAUAUGUGAGGGUCGGCCGGACGGGACGCUGCACUGCCCACGUCUUCCAACAACCAUCACUGAGCUUGAGACGCGACUUGAACCUAUGGUUGACGCUGAACCUAUGGUUGACGCUGAACCUAUGGCCGAUCCUGAGCCUGUGGCCGACCCUGAGCCUGCGGUCGAUCCUGAGCCUGUGGCCGACCCUGAACCUGCGGUCGAUACUGAGCCUGUGGCCGACCCUGAACCUGCGGUCGAUACUGAGCCUGUGGCCGACCCUGAACCUGCGGUCGAUACUGAGCCUGUGGCCGAUCCUGAACCUGCGGUCGAUCCUGAGCCUGUGGCCGACCCUGAACCUGCGGUCGAUCCUGAGCCUGUGGCCGACCCUGAACCUGCGGUCGAUCCUGA